AUGGUAAAUUCAAAUAUUUACUAUUUAGGAGAAUAAAUUUCAAAAUCCAUUGAUUUACAAUAAAAAGGUUGAAAUAAACAAUUACAAAUAUUUUAUAUAUAAAAUUUAAAUACAAAUGGUAUUAACUGAUAAACCUUGCUUUGGAUUUUCAAUUGCAGCCUUAGUCAUAUAUGUAACAAUAUUUGGAACAGCCAACAUCAUUGGUUACGGUCCCAUAAACUAACCAAUGAGCAAUGGAAGUAAAUUUACAGACUAUAUUUAGAGUAGUGUGAAUUAAUAUAUUUUCCUGAUCUCAAAGAUAUUUCAAAAACUCUUUGCUUAGAUGAAUGUCCAAAAAAAGGAGAUACAAAGUUGCAAUGUGAUAAUUGCUCAGGCAACAUUUUAAACACAGAUGAAUGUUAUAUAUAUUAUCAUCUAAUUAGACAAUAAUGCUUGCUUGCCUACUUUGUAUAAUUAAUUAACAUAAGUUAUGCCUGCUUUGAAAACACCAAAACUUAAUAACUUUACUUAAUCUUUGAUAUCAAACAGUGAAUUUGUAAUAACUGGACUUUUCUUUUUACUCUCCAUACUUUAUGUAGGCUAGAGAAUGGUCAGAUAAUACUUUUCUCUUAUGAUUUCAUUCUUAACUAACUUUUACCCAUAUGGUUUAUUGUGGCUAUCAAUUGUCAUGGCAUAUCGUUUGUCAAACUUUCAUGAUAUGGACAAAUUAGAAAGAACAGGAGAGUCCCGACAAUUGAAUUAUUAAACUAUCGGAAUCCUCGUAGAAGCUUUCAAUCAUAAAUCCACCUAUACAAUAAUGCUACUGAUCUUAAUCAAAGUAUUUAUAGGAUCCCUUAUAACUCAAUGCUUUCAUAAAAAUGACAAGGAGGGAUAUAGACUGAAAAGUUAUAUCUCUUUGACAAUAAGAAAGAAACUUGGACAGUAUACAUUAAGAUAUAAUUCUGUAAUUCAAAUUCUUGUAGUUAUCAACUUCUUCAUAAUGUAUUAUUCAAUCACGUAAGAAUACUCAAAUAAUUUUAGUGCAGCAUUAAGCAAUGGUUCAAUAGACUCAACCUAAACUGCUUAUAGUUAGUAUUAAACAUCCAUUUUAGGAAUCACCUUAGCUAUUAUCGUAUUUUGCCUAUUUGUUUAUGCAUCCAAAAUAUUAAGAUUGUACACUGAUUAUUUCAUUUACAUUUUUACAUUACAGCAAUUGUUAUGGGAGAAAGAGCAAAACAUAUAAAUUUUAAAGUAACUAUUUUAUUAUAAAUUAGAAAUUCAUUAGAGGCUUUCGGAACAAUCUCUUUCUUGGCUUUUAAGCAAAUAAUUAAUUCGCCAAAAAGCCUAGGAAUUCGAUUCAUGUAUUUAAUUAAAAAGUCUGCAGUCGCUCAUAAAUGGGAAAACGAUCUAUCUUUAUUAACUUCACUGUCACUUGGUCGUUAAGUGUUUUACUUGACUCAAAAUCAAGUCAAUAAUUAACCAAUAGCUUCAUUUCAAUUAUAAGAGAGCAUCGAUGCUUUAAACAUUUAAGAUUUGGAUAUUGUUUAUAUAUUAUGUAUAUACUCGUUUUAAUAAUUAUAAUAGAUUAACAAGCUGAAUAUAUUCUUCAGUAUUCUGGAUGGUCAAUUGGAUGUAUAAUUGGACUAGUUAAUUCACUCUUCGGUUGCGGUUUCUCAACUAUUGUGCUGAUGAUCCCAUUGUGUUGUGAUCUAAGCUAUGUGAUUGGUGCAUAGAUUAUAAAAGGAUUCUUAACAUUUGGAUUAAUAGAAUAUAAUUAAGAUGAUGAUUAAUUAAUGAAAUAUUAUAAGUCAAUCAUAUUGAUUGAGAAAGAAGAACUGAUAUCCAAGUAAAAUAAACAAUAAUAAAAGUGA